UUUAUAAUUAUGUAUAUAAAUUGUCUGUGUUCUUCUUUGUUGCUAGUUUUGAUUGGAAAUUAAAUGUUUUUGUGUAACUAAUAAAACAAUAUUUUUAUUUAACAUUUUGAAAAACAAAAAAUCAUUAAAAAUGUUUAAUAUUCUAAAUUUAUUUUUACUUGUCGUUUGGUGGUCGGCCACUUGUAUUUCUGCGCAUGGCAUAAUUUCACUUCUAAGAGGUAAUUUUUGAAUUUUUGUUAUAUUCACAUAGGGAAAAUUAUAAAUUAAUCGAUGUUCAAUCGAAUUUUAGUCUGUAACGUAAUUUUUAAAAAUUGUUCAUACUUUAAAUUUGAAAAAAAAAAAAAAAAACGUAAAUAUGCGUGAUUGUAGACUUCAGAUUCUGAUUGUAGCGAAGAAUGUAUUAGUUUUUCAAAGUUGUUUAUUUUUUUUUUAUACUGUGUACAGAAAUCUUGCUCUGAAAUAUCAAGUAUAGCACCUUUUCUGAAAUAGAAUUUUUCUGGUGGUACUUAAGGGAGAUAAUUUUUUGAAUUUCUCGGGAGUUUUUCCAAUAAAUGGGAAAAACAUAGUAAAACACUUGGUAACAUUUUUUCGCUUAUUUUUUAUCUUUUAAAACUUUAAAUAAAAUGCGAACUCGUAGUGUUUACACAUGAAUGAUCCCGAAGAUUAAACUGUACCAUCAAUUUCAAUCAAAUCUAUGGACGUACAAACUCCACAGCAUUCAACACGUAUCCUACCUAUCCUUGUCUGAAUAAGUUCCAAACGCACAUAGCGUAAACUGGCCAAAACCAUGUUUAGAAUGGAAGGAUGAUCGAAUGGCGCAUACCAUUCAAAAGAAUGGCAAACGCAUACCUAUGGGUGAAUACUUUCACAUGGUUUCCUUUAAAGGUUUAGAUAAUGUAAAAGAUGUAUUCGAAAUAAAAGUCCUUUUCUUUAUCAGACUAAAAAUCGAACCCUACAAAUCCACCGGACCCACAUAAUGUUUUCUCUGUCAACAUUUAGGCUACUCUUUCCUUCAGUGCGGCCACAAGCCAAGAUGUGUUAAAUGUGGAAAUGAUCACUCAAGCAACAUAUGCGUAAAGCCCAAAGACGAUCCGGCAACAUGCUGUAACUGCAAUGGGAACCAACGGCAAACUACCGUGGUUGCCCUUUUUACAUUGCACUAAACCAAGUAAAAUCCAACCAAGCCAAAACUUAAUCACUCUGGAAAUAGCCCAAAAAUCUAAGACACCCAAAUUGAUCAGCCACGCAACAAAAACUGUUAUUCAAUUCAAAAAUCAGUUCUAUGCACAGAAGUCGCAAAAGAUAAAGUAUCAAAUGCGUAAACCAUAAAUGCAACACAAAUGCUUGCAAUUUUUACAACUUUCAACUAUUCAAAACUGGAAGAGAUUCAACAUUGAAAUGACUCCAAAGAUAUAAAUGCCCGUAUCAGUACCAUAAAUGAAACCAAAAAAAUAGUAAAAAAUAACAUCAAACAUCCAAGAAUUAGUUAAAAACUGCUCAACUAUCAUGCACUGUCCUCGGACUUAUCCUACAGGCCUCCCUAAUAAAAUAUUACUGGAAAUUGAAACCAAAAUACGACUUCGUAAAGCCUGGCAAUCCAAGAAAGACCCACAAAUCAAACAAAUUUAUAACGCAUAAUUAAUUUCCGAUGUAAAAAAUACACUCCAAGAUCACCGUCAAAAUUAUGGAAUGACUUCUCAUCCACGUUAAGCUUCAGAGACGAAUCAAUCUACAAAUUAAAUAGCCGUUUUUCAAAUUCCCAAAACCGAGGAAAGACCAUCAAAAAUUUGCAAACCGUCGUCUUAAUUCACUCCUUACGACUAUGUCUAAAGUAUUUGGGAAAAUCAUUCUAGGAAUUAAAAGUCAAAAAAAUGUACCUCCAUAGAUUAAAAACACAUUCUACCCUUUCAUAAUUAUAUUAUUGAUUAUUACAAUUAUAAUUUAUAAUUGUAUUAAGUAAUAAGUAUAGAAGUAAAUCCGUCAUAAUUUUAGAAUCGUCAUACGACCUCGAUAUACUUGACGCGAACCAAGAGGGCCAUUACGACGGCGUACAAUUUCAUUCCAAGAAAAAACAAUGUGAUCCAGUAUCGAAACAUGUGUUUUACUGGCUUUAUACUAGGUAUAUUUUUAAAUCUUUAACGAAUUAUUUGUACAUAUUGGUGUGUUUUCAAAAAUCUGUUGGGAAAUUUAGUUACACAUUUAGUAAAGAUAUUUCAAUUCGUUAUAUUGUAGAGAAAAUGCCACCGGUCAACUUUUAAACAGAAGUGAACCGCACAUGACCGAGUCGACCACUUACUAUGCGAAAAAUCCGAUUAAACUGUUGGUGCAUGGAUGGAUGGGUCGUACUUCACAAAAACAAGGUCUUUGCACGAUGAGCGUCAAAUGUAAGUUUGAGAUUAUGUUUAUAUAAUUUUAUAAUAUUAUAUCGUGUAUUUCGAUUAAAAUAAAAGUUAAAGUUUUUAAGCGAUAUGCUUUACGAGAAAAACGCAUUCCCAUACAGUGCCUACACAUUGCAAUAUAAUACAUCUAUAAUGAUAAUACAAUCAAAUAAAUAUUAUUUUUCUUGCAAAUCAGUGAUUUAUAUAAUUGUUGACAUUUGUACUUAGUUUUUCUUUUUUCUUAAAUGUAUACAUAUUAUUAACAAAUUUAACUUUUUACAGCAUAUUUACAAGUCGGCGAAUACAACGUGAUUUGCGUGGAUUGGAAAACGUAUUCGUCCGAUAUGACGUACGCGGCCGCGAAAACAAAAGCUAAACUUAUUGCUAAAGAUAUAGCCAGAGUUUUGGACAGAAUAACGUAUAAUAUGACAAAAGGGGCCGACAUGGUUCACCUGAUUGGGCACAGUAUGGGAGCUCACAUAGUCGGAUUCGUGGGAAAAAUAAUGAUUAAUCAAAUCCCUAGAAUCACAGGUGAUUAUUUAUCGGGGAAUAUUCGAAUUUAAUUCGAACUUCAUCCGUAACAAAUUCUAGCUUGUCUAAAAUAUCGAGAAUCAAUUUUCCAGAUGCAUAUAAUUCGUUAAUUAUUAUUAAAAUUGACUAUUACUACCGGUGACAUAUAGACAUAUAGACAUUCAUGAUAUCAUUUGCUAACUACCGUAUUAGGAAUUGUAAUCAUUUUCUAAACGGUUGAUAUUACCAAUGCCGGAUGAUGUGAUCCUUGGAAAAUUCAACCGUCUCACCUGCCCAGUGGUGGAUGAAAAUUUAAACUUGUUUUUUUUUAGGAUUGGAUCCGGCAAAGCCUCUGUAUGAAAAUAGUGGUUCGGCAGAUAGACUGGAUAAAACCGAUUCGCUGUUUGUAGACGUUAUGCAUACAAAUGGCGAUAAAAACGGAAUUUUCAGCUCCAUGGGCCACAUCGAUUUUUACCCGAACGGAGGAAAAUCGCAGCCCAACUGCAGCUCGUCGGACAGAUGUAAAACUUUUGAAAAUAUUUUACAUAAUUUUGUAGUCGUAUAUAUUUUAUUGCAGGUAUCUAUAAAAAAACAAAUGUUUGACUCCGAAUAGGUACCGAAAAACUUACACCGAAUUUUAAAACUUUUUGUUAUCAUUGUUUUAUUGUACUGCACAAUAAAUCCUAUUCUCAUACAAUUGUAAAUAAUUUAAGUUUUUGUUUCAAUUAUGAAAUGUAUUUCAUUUAAUUUUUAAUUUCUUCUUUAUAGCUACUGGUGCAUGCAGUCAUAGUAAAGCAUAUUAUUACUACGCACUCUCUAUAUUGACCAAAGAAGAUUUUCUAGCUUUCAAUUGUUCCAGUUGGGAUAAUUUCACAGCAAACAAUUGUUACGAUUCUAACACUACUUACAUGGGUGAAUUCGUAGACAAAGAGUUAGUAUAGUAACUGUAUGUUAUUGCAUUCUAAAAUAAACAAAAAAACAUUUCUUUAUUUCAGAAAAGUUGGAAAUUACUAUUUGAUAGUUAACGAAUAAUAUGAGCAGAAUUCCAGCUAGGAAACGGCUGACAAGUAAAAAAAAAGAAAAAAAGAAGUAGUUUAUACAGAAGUGUCAAAAUAAAAGAUAAAUUAUAAAAGUUGGAUAGCCUUGUA